CAUGUUAUGACAUUUCCAAAAGGGAGAUAACGUUUUUGUUGUUUAAUGCGAACAAAAUGGCCACUGGUAAUCCUCCUCUUCCACCAGGUUGGGAAGCUCGAUGGGCUCCAGCUGAAAAAGCUUACUUUUAUAUAGAUCAUAGUACCAAACUGACAACUUGGGAAGACCCCAGAUUUAAAAAACCAAGCAGACCUGAAGCUGUUCAGGCCCUCAGCCAUGGUGCGGGAUCACAUCACAGUACACCACAAAGAACAAGUGACAAUAUCCAGCUGAAGGAAAUGAGGCAUGGUCAUGCAGGAGCCCAUGGCCACAGUCAGGUUGAUCAGGAUACAACAUUUAUCAAAACUGGACAUGACUACAGACAUCACACAAGUGAGAGUAGCCCAGCAGACAGGCUGAAGGCCAUGUUUCCCUUGGCAACCAAUGCUCUCAUUAAAGAUCUUCUAACCAUGUUUGAUAACGAUGAACAAGAGGCAAUGGAACAGUUGGUUGAUCUUGGUUUCGAGAGAAGACGACCAUCAGCUGACAUCUCAAGGACAAGCUCACCCCAUCGCCAUGCCAACAGCCAUGCCAACAGCCAUGCCCGCGCGCAUCUGGAAACACACACCACACAGCAGCAUCGCCGCGGCAGUUCCCCACACCAUGGAUCACAGGGCACAUCACUUAUUCAGCCCAAUGCCAGAACUAGUUCUCCCCAGAGACGUACAUCAAACAACCAACCCACAGAGCAGACAAGAUCUCACUUAUCAGCAGCAGAUAAGAACAAAAUUCUAGCACAGAUCACUUCUGAGUUCCCAAGUUUGCACCAACAAGUGAUCACCUUGGCAGUGGAUUCUUGUGACCAUGAUGUGGACAGAACACGGUGUGUUCUAAAGGAAUUAGUCGAAGAUGAAUCUGCAAUGUCAGGGAGAUCUUCCUCAGUGGCACAUGUUUCAGACAGUAGUAGCACUCCAGUCACUUAUGCAAAAACAUCGGUAGUAACCUCCCCUGCCAGUUUGGAGCCAGUAGUGUUUGGAUAUGAUUCCUUUUCUCAGCAACCAAGCUCAAGUCCUACCACAAGUCCAUCACGAUCUGUUGAACAUCCAUCAAGCGGUCCAGCCACCCCAGCAAAACACCAGCAGCAGAAGGCAAAACAUGUCACCAAACCCAAGAAAGCAUUAGCACCAAGUACAGUAACGAGGCAACCACUCCAGCAGCGACAAUUUACAUCUGCUAAUAGAACCGUGGCAAAUGGACCAAACCCUUCUCUAAGAAAUGGACCAGAUCCAACUCUCCUCUUGGCAUCAAGCUCUCUUGCUAAGGGUCCAAAUCCCGAGUACAGAAGUGGUCCAGAUCCGAGCAGGCGACAGGGUCCCCAGGGAGCCCAUGGACCAGAUCCUUCACUGCACUGUGGAGCCCAGAGUAGCUUGAGACAUGGGCCCAGUGUGGACAACCUGGCAGCCACGACUCCAUGUCUUGUGACUAACCUGUAAAACACUACGUUGGUAUUCAGUGAUCAGUUGGUCCAGUCCUCAAGUUCAAUCACACCUGUUUGAAGCAGUCACCUAAAGGAAAGGAAUGUUUGUAUGUAUGAUGACACUCCAGUGAAGUAUGUUAAUUGUGACACCAGAGUGGCCCAUACACAAUCAGUAAUGCACAAUAUUUUGGCACUGACAAUAUUUAUUGACUCAUAGAUGGCAUGGACAGUUUGUGAAAAUAUUUAAAAAAUUAAAUUGUGUGGCAUACAAAUUUUGAUGCAAAAUCGAGUCAAUAAUAUUGAUAGAGUAUAGGCUGAAAUCUUUUGUCAAAAAGACAGCAUUAGUUAUUUUAUGGCUACCCACAGACAGGAAAGCACAUACUAUGUCCCUUGCUGUGUUGUAGAGUACUAGCAUUAACAGAAAAAUCUUCCUUUUUGAGGCAUAUUCAACACAAAAUUGAAAUAUUUCAAGUCUUUGCUGGAAAUAUGAAAAAGUAUGGCUUUUUCAAGUGACCGAGUUCUACACUUUAUCUCCUUUCUGAGAAACAAUCUUAAAUUCAAUAGUCAACUAGUUGGGAGGAACAGAAUUUGGGGAACCCAAUGUGUUCAUCAAUGUGGGACUCGUUGCAGUUUAGGCAGAAGUUGACCUACAUUCUGAAUAAAGUGGUCAAGAUGGGUGGCUGCUUUACACAUGUUAAAUUGUACUACAUUAGAUGAUUUCUGAGAGCAUCUAAAGGGACUGUCAAAAUGAUUCACAAGCCUAACUACUUAUUUAUAUGGAGGUUUUAAUAUCUUUUUAGUAGCAGCAUUUGUAAUUUAUUGGAGUUUAAAUUAAAUUUAAUUUAUGUGUUGUAUAUUGAAAGGCAAAGUAUUUAUUCAAAGUGAUACCAUAAGUUUUUUUCACCCAGUUCAUUGGAAUGAUUGCCAACUGUUCAGUUACUAGCAGCUUCAGUUGCUAUCUAAAUGGUUUUUAUUAUGCAAUUCCUGUGGUGGCUAAGAAGAAAGGAAUUUGAUUCUUUGCAUCUGGUUAUAGCAAACAAUAAAAACUGAAACUAUGUGAAGUUUUUAUUAAAUUAAUGCUUCAUGAUCAGUUCACACUGAAAUGCAUAUCUUUUAUAUUAAGGCUUCUGGAACUUGAAAGUCCACACUAAACAAAGAAAACUCAUUUGUUUUCAGUUAACUCGGAUAUUGCCGUAUAUUUGUUUUGUAGUAGUCCACAAGGGUACCAGCUUACAAAAUCUUGUAGCCAUCCACAAAAAGUAGUAGUUGUAUAAUUUCAGUAAAAGCAAACAAAAAAUAAAUGUUUGUUUUGUUUAAUGGCCCAACUUGGAGCACAUUCAUUGAUUAAUUAUCAAACAUUUAGAGGAAACCCCGUACAUGUUUUAUUAGCAACAAAGAACAUUUGAGACAUCAGUUGUGGGACACGGGAUCAUGAGAAAAAACCAACUGAGAAUGUUUGAUCCUAUGACCCAAUCAGCUCAGAUGAGCACUUCCAACGGAGCUAAAUCCAUAUAAUCAAAAAUAAUCCAAUCCAUUUGAGGUCUUAUUGUGUCAAUAAUGGGUUGCAUCAAUAAUGGGUUGCAUUAAUAAUGGGUUGCAUUAAUUUCAUGUUUAAUAGUAGCAGUAUGGAUCAGUGAAAAAAGAGAGAAGAUUAUGGCUAAAUGCUAAAACUUUCCAUUCUAAAAUGACAUGUACCUGUACCUUUCAUUGUGAUUUUUAAUGUUUUUAUUGUUAAAUACUUUUUUUACUUGUAACAAGUUUUGUCAAGAUAAACCUUACAUUUAAUAUGUAUCUUUAUAAUUACAUUGUUAGUUUUAAUGUUAUAUAUGUACUAAUUAUUACAUGGAUUUUGUAAACCUCCUUUUACAUGUAUGUAUCAUGAAGUAAUUAGUCUUUAACACCGUAGUUUACUAUGAAGAUUUUAUUCACACAUUAUCAAGUUAUAACAGGAAUAUUAAAUGUUUGUGCUUAUA